CCGGUGCCGCCCCCAACCCGGAGGGGCGUGAGGGGACGACGGCGCUUUUCGGCCCCCUCCCCCCGGUGCCGGUGGCGGGGCGGGGCGGGGCGGCUCGAAGAUGGCCGCGGCGGGGGCGGUGGUGGUGGCGGCGGCGGGGCCGGUGCACGGCGGGGCGGGGCGGGGCGCGGCGCGCCAAGUGGCAGUGCGGUUCAGCCAAUCAGGAGCCACCCUCGAGGCGGCCGCGUUCCAUCCCGCCACGGCGGAACCAAUAGGAAAAAGCGGCGGGGCAGGGAGGGGGCGUGGCCACCGCCGACACCGGGCCGCGCGCCGGAGCGCUCCCCCCGCGCCGGGCCCGGCCCCGCGGCCGCCGCCGCCCCGCAUGGAGCCCGCGCCGCCGCCCGCCGCCUGCGCACUGCUGCUGCCGCCGCCCGCCGCCCGCCGUCGCCGCGCCCGUCGCCGCCUCCCGCCCGAGAACGACGGGGCCCCGCAGGCAUUGCCCGGGGCGCGGGGCUGGCUGCGACGCCUGGGGGAACCGCUGGGACUGCAGCCCCCCGAGCAGGAGGCGGUGCUGAGGGUGUUGGACGCGGGGUUGGAGCGGUGCCUGGCGCUGCACGCAGCCUGCAUCCCCCUGCCGGGGCACAGGAAGCUCCCAGGCAAGGCAGGCAUCGAUGAAGUGAUGGCAGCUGCGGUGCUCACCAGCCUUUCCAGCAGCCCACUGGGGCUCGGCCACCCCCCAGCACCUCCUGGCCCAGCAGAGCUUGGCAGUGAGAUCUGGAAGGAGACACCAGCCGUGUCCUUCAGCUGCAGCAGCAGCAGCAACACCAGCGGGGAAUGGAGCUGGGACCCCCCCAGCGACCGCUCCACCCCCUCCACCCCCUCACCCCCACUCUCCAGCCAUGACCCCAGUGCCUUCUUGCCCACCUUGCCACCAGACGAUGGCCCCGAGGAACCUGACAGCACCCACUUCAUGUUUGGAGAGCCCAUCCCGCGGAAGAGGAAGAACUCCACCAAGGUGAUGUUCAAGUGCUUGUGGAAGAGCUGCGGCAAAGUCCUCAGCAGCUCCUCAGGGAUGCAGAAGCACAUCCGAACCGCACACCUGGGCCGCCAAGCCGACCUGGAGCAGAGCGAUGGCGAGGAGGACUUCUACUACACGGAGCUGGACGUGGACGUGGACUCGCUGACGGAUGGGCUCUCCAGCCUGACGCCCGUCUCGCCCACCUCCUCUGUGCCACCCGCCUUCCCCGGCCCCGAGCUGCCGCCCUUCCCCAGCCCUGAGCCGCCUCUGGGCUCCCCCCGCAGCCCCCCACCGCCCCCCGGCCUCUGCCACGUCCACACUGACCACGCGUACCAGGGCUGCCCCUCAGGGCCCACAGCUGGGGAGAAGCGGCCCCCAGGUCCACCCGUGCCCGGUUUGAGGAUGCCGGCGCUGCCCACCCCGACGCUGCCGAAGCCACCCGCCGUCCCCAGGAAGCCGCGGGGGGAGGCCAAGAAGUGCCGCAAGGUGUACGGCAUGGAGAACCGGGAGCUGUGGUGCACGGCGUGCCGCUGGAAGAAGGCCUGUCAGCGCUUCCUCGACUGAGCCCCGCCGCCGCCGUGCCCCCCCCCCAGCUCUCCUUCUUGCACAUUUUGCACUUGAGGUGCCUUCGCGCCCCCCCCCAGCCCGCCACACACACACACAAACACACAGACACACACACAGACACACACACAGACACACACACACACACACACGCGCGCGCGCUCCCCCCGGGGCUGGACUCAGGGAACAGCCCCCACGCUGUUGGGGGGAGGACUGUAGGGCUUCGGGGGGCCGUGCACAGCUGGGCCUGGCCCUGCCUUCCCCCCACCCCAAGCUUUAUGCACACAGCCCCCCCCUCCUCCACGCCAACACAGAGCUUCCCCCCCUUUUCUUUAUCCUCGGAAAAAUAAGCUAACCCUCUCUGUGCCCCCCCACCCAUUGCCUGCAGCCCAUAUCCCUGCUGGGGGGGCCGUGUGCUGCUGGGAAAAGCUGUGCCUUGGGGCUCAGGAUGGGGGGGGGGGGGCAGAGAGGGGUGGGUUCUGCUCCCUGUCCUCGCCUUAACCGGGGGCUGAUGGGCACAUUGGGUGCCCCCCCUGCACCCCGUGGGGUUUUUUACUCUUUGUAGCGUGUUUUUCUCUCUAUGUUUUGUACCUGGGGAGCAGCAGCUCCUGCCGGGGGCCGCGCUCCGGGAAGUGCCUGCAGAACGCGCCCAUUUGCACUAAGCCAAACUGCACAAAGACCUUUUCUGUUUUGUUUUGGUUUUUUAUUUUUUUUUCCUUUUUUU